GCCAUUUCCGGUCUCUGCCCUCAGAGCACAGUGCCUCGUGGAACCGUUCUGAACCCAGUGAGGUCCUCCGCGAAAGCUCUGAACGUUCUGGUGGCAGGUGUGCGGAGCUUCUGGUCCUGCGGCCGCUGGCGCACGCACGGAUGAAGUUAAAUCCAUUUGUACAAGCUUAUUUGCUGAACAAUCCUGAGGUUCUCAAAUGGCAGACCUCCACAGCGCUCCAUGAUCUUCUUAGGUGCACAAGGACAUGGCCCUUAUCAGGAUUGUUCCCAGCUUCACCUGUCAUUCUCAAAGCCAUCUGCCCAGGUUUCUGCUAAGAGUAGUGGGGCCACGAUUCUGGAAGCAGGAAGUACCUUAGACCUGAGAGCUGGGCAAGAAGGAGCCAGGGGAGUGGCUAUGAUGACUUCAGCAGUGCUGGUGGACAUACGAGAUGAGGUGACCUGCCCCAUCUGCCUGGAGCUCCUCACGGAACCCCUGAGCCUGGACUGUGGCCACAGCUUCUGCCAAGCCUGCAUCACAAGGAGUAGCAAGGAACUGGUGAUCGGCCAGGAAAGGGAGAGCAGCUGUCCUGUGUGCCAGACCAGCUACCAGCCUGGGAACCUGCGGCCCAAUCGGCACCUGGCCAACAUAGUGGAGAGGCUCAGGGAGGUGUUGUUGGGCUCAGGCAGGCAGCUGAAGGUGAUUCUCUGUGUGCACCAUGGGGAGAAACUCCAGCUCUUCUGUAAGGAGGAUGGGAAGCUGAUUUGCUGGCUCUGUGAGCGGUCUCAGGAGCACCGCGGUCACCGCACCUUCCUCAUGGAGGAGGUUGCUCAGGAGUACCAGGAGAAGUUCCAGGAGUCUCUGAAGAAGCUGAGGCAAGAGCAGCAGGAAGCUGAGAAGCUUAAAGCUGUUAUCAUGGAGAAGAGGGCAUCCUGGAAGAAUCAGAUGGAACCUGAGAGACACAGGAUCCAGACAGAGUUCAGUAAAUUGAGAAUCAUCCUGGACAAAGAGGAGCAGCAGCAACUGAAAAAUCUGGAGGAGGAAGAGAGGAAGGGACUGAGUAUUUUAGAAGAGGCUGAGAAUGAGCUGUUCCAGCAGAACCAGUCGCUGAGAGAACUCAUCUCACAUCUGGAGUGGCGGUGUCAAGGGUCGGCAGUGGAGCUGCUGCAGGAUGUGAGUGAUGUCACAAAAAGGAGUGAGUUCUGCACUUUGAAGAAGCCAGAAGCUCUCCCCACCAAGCUGAAGAGUGUGUUUCGAGCCCCAGAUCUGAAAAAGAUGCUGCGAGUGUUUAGAGAACUGACUGAUGUCCAGAGCUACUGGGUGGAUGUGACUCUGAAUCCACACACAGCUAACUUAAAUCUCGUCAUGUCUAAAAACCGGAGACGGGUGAGAUUCGUGGGUGCAAAGCUGUCUGGGUCUUACCUGGAGGAGCAUUUUGACUGCGGUGUCCUGGGCUCUCAGCACUUCUCCUCAGGAAAACAUUACUGGGAGGUAGAUGUGGCCAAGAAGACCGACUGGAUCCUGGGGGUGUGCAGUAAUCCAGCGGGGCCUACGUUCUCUUUCCACCAGUUCACAAACAACCAGAGUGUUUACUCCCGAUACCAGCCUCAAAGUGGAUACUGGGUGAUUGGGCUACACCACAAACACGAAUAUAGAGCCUACGAGGAAUCCUCCUCUUCCCUGCUCCUCUCCAUGAUGGUGCCCCCUCGCCGUGUUGGGAUUUUCUUAGACUAUGAGGCUGGUACUGUCUCCUUUUAUAAUGUGACAAACCAUGGCUUCCCCAUCUACACCUUUUCGAAAUACUACUUUCCCACCACCCUUUGUCCAUAUUUUAAUCCUUGCAACUGUGCGGUCCCGAUGACCCUGCGUCGCCCGAGCUCCUGAACGGUCUGCAGCCCCACCCUCAUCUGGGCGGUUCCCUCUGAGGUUCAGCAGCACUUCUCUUAAGUUUGUAUUUUUCUGCAUUUCACCUCUUUCUCUUGAACAUUUACUAAAUGCUAGACCAACACCCAGUGGUGAUAGCUAACAUCCUUGACUAAUUAUUUAUAGAUUUUGACAUGGGCUGGGGGUAAGUUUCACCAUUUUACUGGAAAGCACACUAUUUGAUGAUUUGUUGAGUCAUGGAAUCAAACUGAGGAAGUUUUUCUCUUCAUUUGCUAUUAAGUUUUUCUACUGAAUGAAAAAUUGGAUUUCAACAGAUAUUGUCUCUAAUUGUUAUAGUAACCAUGUGUCUUUUUAUUCUGUUACUGGAAUACAUCGAUUUGUUUCAGUUGUUAAAUCUAACAAAUUCCUGAAAUAAACUUAUUCUUCACAUGAAAUACUGUAUUUGCUUUUUGGUAAUACACGAUGUAGGUUUUGUUUUCACCUGUUUAUAAAA